AGACGAGACGGCCGAGGCAGACGGAGCAGCAGCAGCAGCAGAAAAGAAGAAGAAGAAGAAGAAGAAGAAGGAAGCAUCAUGAACAGUCUGAUGAAGGGAUUCAGCGCUGCCAAGGGCGGAGUGGUCGCCGCCGCCGAGAAGACGAAGGCCGGGAUGGAGGAGGCCGCCGCCAAGACCAAGGAGGGGGUCAUGUAUGUCGGAAACAAGACGAUGGAGGGAAUGGUGACCGGCGUUAACACAGUGGCCCAGAAGUCCACCGAGCAGGCCAACGUCGUGGCCGACACCGCCGUCUCCGGGGCCAACGAGGUGGCCCAGGCCGCGGUGGAGGGGGUGGAGAACGCGGCGGUGGCGAGCGGAUUCGUCAGCGCGGAGGAGGCGGGACCUGUGGCUGACGAGACUGACCUCCCAAAAACAGAAGGAGGAGGAGAACAGACCGAACAGGCUGCACAGUAGACUCUGAACCUCCCGCCGUGUCUGACGAGGAUCCAGAGAAGAAAAAACUUUUAGCCGUCGCUCGACUUCGACCUCCGACCCCGAAGCAUCCUCCAUCUGCUGUGAUUAACCCCAUUAACCGUCCCUCCUGUUGCUGUGGCUACACCGCAUCCGCUCGUCUCACAGGUUUUUAACGCUCGGCGAUGAAGCGAAUCAGGUCGCGUGCAUCCACACUCUCAGCCGAGUGGCCGGACAGAUGCCUGAAGCCGUUUUAAAUGCAUGUCGCUUAGACUACUAGAAUCUACUGACCGGUGACGAACGCUGCAGUUCUCACGCUCACUCCCCGUCUGUGUCGCUGAUCAAAGCUGAUUUCUUCUUUUAUAAGUGAAAUAAAAACGAGUUUGAAAUCCC